AUGGCAGGAAGUAUUCUGAUAGAAGUGUUAGAGAAGAUAUUAGUUUCGUUUAUAUGGAGUGUUAUGGAACAUUGCAACCCAGAAGAACCAGCAUUCACUAUCGAGUCAUUUGGAUUCAAUCCUUUAGAAAACACAGGGCGAGAUUGGUACAACCCUCCAGUCGGCGAGCUUAUUUACAAAGAAUACGGCAAUGAAGAGAGCAGAAGCACGUACUAUAUCGCAGGAAGAGCUAUAAAUGUGAGGCUUAUAAAUGCAUGUUCUCUUGAGGAGCUGGAAGAAUUGCAAGGUGAUUUUUCGGAGGAUAGAGCGAUGGCUUGGAAGCGAGUAAGACCUUCCUUUCUGAGAACAGUUUGUAAAUCAAUGUACAUCGGGGCAUCCAUUUCGCUUUUCACCGCUACAAUUGUAAGUGCUGUAUACAUCGUUUUCUCUUAUCUUUCUUACAAAACCAUCAGUGCCUGCGCAUUUGUUCCAGUAAGGUUAGUUCCAAUGAACGUGAAGUGGAUAACGACAGUUUACGAUGUUAUUUUAAGUAAGGUCUUUUAUUUCUGGAUGUUUUGGAAUAUGUUGUUCCUUUUCCGCCGGCAGGGUUUAAGAAUGAACUUGUUUCUUGUCAGCUGUAUUAUGUACUUGUUUCAUGUACUUUACUGCAUAGCUCUACAAGCCGUUGGAAAGCCUUACGAAGAGUCUUUUUUACUCUACAUUCCAUUGUACGUGUUCUUUGCUAUCGGUCCCUGUCUACAAUUCUCUUAUAUCGCAUGGAACUUAAGGAGAGGAUCAAGUAAACAAAUUGCAAUUCUUGUUUUUAAACUUAAGCCGCCUGGCUGUUUGUCAUGCUCAUUGGCCUUUGUUGUGAUUUUCUUCAUCUACCCAGCCUACAACAGACAAAAAGAAAGCCACGGCAAAUUAUUAAUUGCAAUCUUUGCUCCCGUCAUUGGUGUGAUUACUAAAGUUAUUUCUCGAAUAUCUGUUCAACAACUAUGGAACAUCACUCUUCCGGGAUAUUCCUAUGUUCUUCUCGUGCCAACGUAUUUUGGUGCUGCCGUUGUGACUCGAGGUUUACAAGCGGAGCUUGACACUUUGGUUUACAUAGCUACUCUUGGAGUAAUUCAUGGCUUUGCAGAGGUCGUGGAACGUAGUACCAUGAUGGUUGUCGACCACUUUUGCUAUCGGCUUUGGAAAAGAUCUUCAGCUUCCUGGGGAAGCUUUCAAACUUCUCGCCGCGAGAGACUAAACGCAGACACUGCUAUCAUGAGCAUGAUGUUUGAGUCUGCUGCCAUAAUAUCUGUCAACGGCUUGUUAUUAUUUUAUCAGCUUAUUUACCUACAAAGCGAUUCCUUUUCAAAUUUGCUAGUGUCGUUUGCCAUUUAUACUUCAGUUCCACUGGUGAUAGAAUGGUUUUUCACCAGUGUGUCUCUUGCGAUUGAAACACGUUAUCAAAACAUGCCGGUCAUGGCUGUUUGGCGAAAACAGUGGAAGAGACACUUCUUGGUGGCUUUCUUAAAUGCGAUUCCACUAGCUACGUGGUCCAGCGGUAACCUAUUAAGCACAAUACACGAUCACUUUAGCAAGGAUCUGCCACCUUUAUCUAAUCUUUCUUGUAAAAUCCCCUUUUCUUCAAAUUGGAGAUGUUUGACAACCCAAGGUUUCCAAUUAGUCCUGGACAGAUUAGAGAGCUGCUGGAGGAGCAGUGUUGUUAGAGGGGUGGAAGAACAAAGAUCCUGGUCAAGGGAAGACUUUGAAAUUGCUCAGGAAUUUAAUGGAAACUGCAAAGAUAAGAAUAUUGGAACAUUUUUGUAA